AUGGCAAGUAGCAAUAUUGAUUAUCCAUUUAACACAUGGUGUGCAUUUGCAUGGAGUAGUCUAUUAUUAAUAUGGAAAAAUAUUGUCCUAUUAGUCUUACUUGCUUAUUUUCGUAGUAAAAGUAAACGUAUAAAAAUUCCAGAAGAUGCACGAAUAUUUCGAAAAGGUACUCAACCAGUCACAGUAACAACAACAGCUGAAUUACAAGAAGAAGAUUGGUCAACAGCUGGUCGUAUCACACGUGUUUUGGCCAAUGAAGUGGAAUAUGUACCCUAUUUCUUAGUUCUUGCAUUAGCAUUUUGUGUAUUUAUACCAGAUUCAACAACACGUUUAAUUGUCUAUGGUUGCAUAUUUGUAUUUGCACGUUAUUUACAUAAUAUUAGUUACAUAUUAGGAAACACAUACGGUCGAUUAAUUGGAUUUGCGUUAUCAUUCUUAUUACUUGGUGCAAUGACGAUUGAUUUAACACAAUAUUUAACAAAAGCAGUUGUAGAUCGUAUAUGA